AGCGUAUUUGUUUUCAACGAUUUAUCGUCGGGAGUUGUUUGACUUUAAUUAUUUCGUUUCCAAAACAAUUUAUACACAAUAUGAGAAACAAGUCAAAAUUUAUAUGAAAUUUCUGAAAUUUUUGAAAAAAAAAACUUCUAUAAAUCUAUGAAAUGACUGAUAAUAACUACAAUCCAUUAGAAACAGACUUAUUUUAUCAAUUUCGAGUUAUUCUUAUAGGAGAUAGCACUGUUGGGAAAUCUUCUUUGCUACGCCAGUUUACCGAAGGUCAAUAUAUUCGUACAUCUGAUCCUACUGUUGGUGUGGAUUUUCAUGUGAGAGUUAUUCAAAUCAGCGAUAAAGUAAGAGUAAAGCUGCAGUUAUGGGAUACUGCAGGUCAAGAACGAUUUCGUUCAAUAACGAGGUCAUAUUAUCGAAAUUGUGCAGGAUGUUUAAUUGUUUAUGAUAUAAACAAUCGUGAAUCAUUUAAUCACGUUAGUGAAUGGCUUAGAGAAGCAAAAUAUGCAACUGAAGAUUUAAAUGUUGUUUAUUCUUUAGUAGGACAUAAACUAGAUUUAGACUAUUUGCGUGAAGUGCCAACUUCUGAAGGUGAGGCCUUUGCUCUAGCUAAUGAUAUGCUAUUUAUUGAAACAUCAGCUAAAAUUCUAUGUAAUGUUGAAGAAGCAUUUAGUUCGGUAGCUCGAGAAAUUUAUAAACGUUUUCAUCAGGGUUCUAUUAGACAAAAUUCAGACUGGGAAGGUGUCAAGAAAUUACCCAGUUUAUUGCCACAUAUUUAUUUACGAGAGGAAUCAGGCGAUGUAGAACAAAGAAAAAAAUGUUGUCAUUAAAAUUGAUUUCUUUUAAUUUUAUAAAAGUUUUAAAUUU